ACACAAACUUUAAACGGCCACCCCUUGCAGUCCACCGAGUACAGACUGACACACACACACACACAGACACACUCACUCACAGGACAUUCAGGAGGGAGAGGGUGUGUGUUUUUGUGAGGAAGAAAGAGUGGGAGACCAAAUCCAAGAAGCAAAGGGAAACAGAAACAGUGAGACAAAGUGCAGGAGACAGAGCCAACAGUUUGAGUGAUUUUCACUGGCGGUUAAGGGCCUGUAGUGAAGAAAUUACAAGGGAUCAUGGAGUAACGGGACUUGACAGACAAGACAACAAAGUACUCCACCUGUUCGGCAGCGAGGGCUACUGUUGGAAGACUGAUCUCGGCAUACGACUUACAGAUGGGAGCUUAUUGGACAAGCUCUUUCUUUAUUUUGAACUUGUAACACACUGGACAGCUUGAGGAUUGAAGAGAGCAAGCAAAGGAAAACCAAGGUUUCAGAGGACAUACACCACAGCUUCGAGUAAGACUGGGAUCAAACCCUUACCCUUAAAGACAAUAUAAAAAGGACUGUUGUAUUUGUAUUUGUAUGAAGUAGUUUCUAUAUGCAUGUUUCAUAGACUUGUGCAACGAAGCUGUGCCAUUUCCUUCCUAAACAACUUCCCAAUCAACAAGGAUAUUUUACCACUUGGGUCUAACUAAAUUAAAUAAAGUCAUUUACUAUUACAAACUACCAUAAAAACGUCGACAAAACAGUGUAUGAAUGUAACUUAAACACAGGGCUGUAAUUACAAAGUAAGCUCAGGGUAAACUGACAGACGUUUGUAAUUAAAGACCAACUAUAAAAGGCAACAGAAGAAAGGGUGAGGUCUACAUCGACAGAGGAGACCGCAAGGACACCAGGACAGAGAACAGGCCGUCGAGAACCUAACCAAGAAAAACAGCACACCAUGGAUUCUCAUGGAGGACACUACCUCAACAAAGACGCUGUGUUGUCACCUUUAGGUGCAGCCCGAAUGUGCCAGAUGCUCCUCGGCUGCACCAUAUUGGCCCUUGUGUCCCACAGUGCAGGCUACAGCGCCACCUAUGGAACCUUCUGCAUGUUUGUGUGGGGUUUCUGCUUCGCUGUGACACUGGUCGUGUUCACCUUGGACAUCACCCGGCUCCACGCAUGCAUGCCCAUUUCCUGGGAUAACUUCACCGUGGCCUUUGCCAUGUUGGCAACUCUCAUGUACAUCACUGCCUCUGUGGUCUACCCUGUUUACUUUCUCCAGACAGAGUGCCCAGAUGAAAGCUGCGAGAUCCAAAUCUACCAAAUUGCUGUCACUGUCUGCUCCAGUGUCUGCUGUUUCCCCUACGGAGUUGAGGUGUUCCUAACUCGAGCCAAACCAGGGGCUGUGGUGGGUUACAUGGCCACGGUGUCCGGUCUACUCAAGGUUGUCCAGGGUUUUGUGGCCUGCAUAAUUUUCGGGGCUCUAGCCAAUGACAGUGAAUACAACAACUACAUUGCUACCCAGUACUGUGUAGUGGUGUACAGCCUGUGCUUCUCUGUGACUGUGAUAGUGGUCAUCGUGACAGUCUCUGGAAGGACAUCAGCACUGCGGUUCCCCUUUGACCGAUUCGUAGUUGUCUACACCUUCUUUGCUGUGAUUCUCUACCUCAGUACUGCACUUAUCUGGCCCAUCUUCAGUUUUGAUAGGAAAUACGGCACCACCGACCGUCCUGAGGACUGCCCACGUGGAGAAUGUCCCUGGGACAGUAAGCUGGUGGUGGCAGUGUUCACCAGUGUCAACCUAAUCUUGUAUUUUGUUGAUCUGAUUUACUCCCAGAGGAUCCGCUUUGUCUCCAGAUCUGCUGUCUAAAUGUUACCCCUUCAAGACUAUUAAUCCUCUGAGACAAGUGGACAGGUUUAAGCAUCCAACAUGCCGUCCACAGUCAGGUCUCAUUGACGGACUCAUUCCCUUGAAUCCAAAAAUGUAUGGUGUUAUUUCUGUGUAACAAUUUUUAUUAUCAGUAUUCAGCAUUCUAGUAUUGAGCCUCUUUGCUCAGCAGUCAAAACUGACAGUAUUGCCCAUGAUACAGUAUUUGCGAGAAAGGGCUUUUGCCCAGUUGUGUAAUGACCUACCAGGGAGAGCAUGCCAGGUGCACCGUUUAGCUGAUGUUAGCAAUUUCUUGCACCAAGGACUCUGGGAAAUGCGUCCAUCUCAGCACCAAAUACAUCCCUCCGCUCCAACUUCCUUUGGUGGUCUCAUACAAGACAGACCUAUGCGAGUGUAAGAUAAUGUUUAGAGUAUCAGAGCAGUGCUAUGUCAGAUAGACACCCUCAGCCUUACAAAGACUCAGAAAUGUAUUUAAUUGUAUUUAAACAAAUAAAUUAGUGAAAAUAUGUCUCAUAGAGAAGCAUAGUAAAUGUUAAGUCUGCAGUGUGCACUGAAUGUAGCUGUUGGUUUUUGGCUUUACGGACAUUUGGUUGUUUGCUGUUGUUGAUUUUUUCAGUAAUGUUCCUAAUAUAUGGAAUGUCAAAUUUCACAUUUAUUAGGCUUUUCCAGUUAUCCACUGAAUUUUCAAUGUAUCUAAUACAUGGAGGUUUUUGAGAGCAGGUUUAAAGACAGUAUCAAAUUGAUUAUUUGUGAUAAGAAUGAUCAUGAUGUGUAAUAUUUUGUCUUUUGCUACAUUUCUAAUGUGUCCUACGUUUAAUUAAAUAUCUAAUAUUUUG